CGUAUCUCUGGUGCGGAGCGUCGAUGAGGUGAGAGAAGCGCUCCGAGAGGCAGCACGCACGAAAGGGGCAGUUUAUGAGCGAUUUUGGUGGAUCCCACAGAUGGCGCAAGGCACCCUCUGCUGGGUUUGAUAUGGGAUAUGGGAUUUACGUCGGUGAAGAUUCCAAGAUGUUGUGCAUUUAUUGUAUUAGUGUCCCUGGCUGUGGCAAGAGUCUCAGCGGCAGAUGUGAAGUGUGAGAAUAUUUACAGGGACUUCUCUGACUGUGUUCUGGAGCUGGGGGAGAGCAUGGAUAACUACCAGGAGAAUGUGACCAGCGAGAUGGGAGUGGAAGCUGUGUGUAGCCACUGGGAGGCAUUCCACACGUGUGCCCUGACGGCACUGUCCGGGUGUCAGGAGGAGGUGGGCUCCAUCUGGGAGACCCUGAAAGAAGACUCCAGGAAGAUCCGCUUCCAGGGCAGCCUCUUCGACCUGUGCAGCCCCAGCUCGGCCCCCAGCCUGCGCUUGCUUCUAUCCCCUCUACCCCUGCUGCUCCUGGGCUUGCUGAUCCUGGGAGGGCCCAUCUGGCCAGCCACAUAGGUGGGGGAUGCCUCCCUCCUCCUCCUCGCUCCCAACCCCAUGCACUCUCACAUUCCCCAGGGUGGCCGGCCGCAUCCUGAGCACAUCUGAAACCUGAAGCCAAGGAUAGAAGAGAGAGCGAGAGAGAGAGAGAGAGAGAGAGAGAGAGAGAGAGAGAGAGAGAGAGAGAGAGAGAGAGAGAGAGAGAGAGAGAGAGAGAGAGAGGGAUGAUCAGUGAGUAGAGAAGGAAUAUGGAUUAAGGUUAGCACACAGAGCCAUGUCUCUAUGGCGACGUCAUAGAUAUCUAUGGUACUGGGUAAUUACAAUGCUAUGAUAUCACAGAGCCAUUGAUGUCUACGGAGAGACGGAUGGAAACCUAUGGCUCUGGGUUACCCACCAUAGAUGUCUAUGGCACUAGGUAAUUUAGAAGGUUAUGUUAUCAGGGCCUUAGAUGUUAAUGUCAUCCAUAUCGAUGAGUCUGGAUAAAAAUACACACCCAAGACCCAAGCAAUUGUAAUGAAAUUACCUAUUACAGUAUACGCCUAUGAAAAAAGCAAUUUUAAAGCAAUUGGUCAAUUUUGUUGACAAUCAAGUGACCUCUUUCAACUUUGACCUUUUGACCCCUACCCACGUUUGGAGUUGCAUGGCUGCUAUAAUGACACCAAAAAGGCAUUUUCCAUAUUUUUGCUCUGUUAAACCAUUUCUUUGGUCAUCCUGUUAGACAGUAGGUGCUGUUAAAGUCAGGCAAUGCUGUUAAUUGAAAAUAUUGUUAUUUGCUUUAUUAUGCACUUUACAGUAAAAUUACUCAUUUACCGUUAGUCAUUGUGGAUAGUUAUUCUACCUAAAAAUGGUCUCUGGUUAUGUGAGAAUGUUCAGUGUUGUUUUAUGAAUCUGUCCUGUAUGGAAGUCCAAGUGUUUGGCUGUCAAUUCAUUUGAUAUCAUUUAGUCCAUAACAACUAUACACAACUGUACACAGUUCACGUCAAAGCACAUUGAACCUUACAAUAACACACAGCAUACUGAGUAGAAAUAAAGACAAUACUUUAUUAUGAAAGCUAAAAUAUAUAGGACUUAAAGUGGCACUCCAGUCUCCUUUUCACCUCAGUUAACACCUGAUUUA